AUGUCCCACUUCGACCGGUCAUAGACAUGGUUAACUCACCAUAUCAUCAAAUCGCGAAGUGGCUAGCGGAUAUCCUCGAACCAGUUCAAAGACAUAUGACAAAAUAUAGCCUCAGAGAUACAUUUGACUUCAUCGACUCAGUGAAGGAUGUCAACGUGUCUGAAAGACAAAUGAUCUCACUAGAUGUCGUCUCUCUAUUCACAAGCAUCCCCUUAACUGAAACAAUAUGCUUCAUUUGUGAUUACAUCGAAACCAACAACCUAGAAGUUCCUCUCCCAAUAAACUACCUGAAGGAACUUCUUCUCAGAUGUACAUUCAAUAUCCAGUUCAAAUUCAAUGAAAAGUUCUAUGUACAGAAAGAUGGAGUAGCUAUGGGGUCUCCUCUCGGUCCACUCCUAGCCGACUGCUUCAUGGCGAGUCUGGAAAACAACAUCCUCAAUCCCUUGAUAAGUCAACUGCACUUAUACAAGAGAUACGUAGAUGACACGUUUAUAAUCUGUAAUGAAAAUUGUGAUUUAGAUUCUCUACUCAAAACCUUCAACGCAGCGCAUCCAUCAAUAAGUUUCACCUUAGAAAGAGAAUCGAACAACGCAUUUCCAUUCCUUGAUGUACUACUCACCAGACGACACGACUGUACGAUCCAAAGAUCAAUAUACCGCAAGCCAACAUGGACUGGACAGUUUAUCAACUUUCAGAGCUUCGUCCCACUAAUCCGAAAGAGAAACCUGAUACGUACGUUGAGCUCAAGGAUUAGAAAAAUCUGCUCGGAAGACAUGGUGGAGAAUGAAUUAAAUUUAUUACGUAAAAUCCUACUAGAGAAUGGAUAUCCACCAAGAUUUAUUGACAAAAACAUGAAGGAGAAGCCUCCGAUGUCAAACAUCGCAACGGUUCCUAAGAAGACUCUCUUCAUGAACCUAGAAUUCAAAGGUGAUGUCGCAGCGGAAAUUCUCAGAAACCGCCUUUCUAAAUGUCUGAAGAAGACAUUUCCAACAGCCACUCUACGUAUCACAUUCUCCUGCAGACAGUUAAUCCAGUCUAACGCUAAGGACAAGAUACCGCUUUUGGCCACCUCAAUGUGUAUUUAUCAAUUUACUUGCUCGUGUGGAGCAAAGUAUAUUGGCCGUACGCAACGUCAAGUCCAAAAACGUAUUCUGGAACACUGCCCCGCUUGGUUGGCCAGAGGAGAAAAGAAGAAUAGCAACAGCUCGAUCCUCGAACACCUUGUCAUCUCUGGACAUCGAGCACCCCCACAUGAAUGCUUCACAGUGUUACACAGAGUCCCUCAAUAUCGUACAAAGGGACUUCGGAUUCGCCAUCUGUACAUAGCUGAAGCAUUAGCUAUUCGAGAUCUAAAACCGGACCUCUGCAUACAAAAGCGAUACAUACAUUCUCUUGCCUUACCAUGGCCAGAGUAAAAUUUCUUAUCACAAUUUUGCUUCUUUCCUUUACUAUGUAAGUUCACUAUUAUUACCAUUAUUAUUAUUUUUAUUUUAUUAAUACUUUUAUUAUCAUUUUGUCCCCAUCAUCCACAUUUUAUUACCACUCUAUUGCUGUUUAUUAAUAACAUUGUUUUCCAUACAUAUUUUAUACAAAAACACUUUAUAGCCUUUCCACUAGUUCCUGUCCAUUUUACACGAGAUUAUUGAUUAUUCACUAUCUCACACUUAUUACGUCAUGCCAACUUCUGUCUCCUUUCUAACUUACAAUUAGUCAUCCCUUCUUACACCUUACAUUAUGUAAUACAAUUUUCCAAGGACA